AUGGCCCUAAGAAAAGUAUUUUUUCUAUCAAGAGUGGCUUGCUGCAAUACUGUUAAACUUCAAACCACAAAAUUAUCAAGACAAAACAUACUACUUUUAUCUGCAAAUACCGCUAGAUUAUUUGCUACCGAAAAUAUAGGAGAUAAGAAUAAGAAUGCUAAAGAACCGGAAAAAGUAGACAUCCUUGGACGUUUCUUCCCGCAACCCACACCAAAUCCCAAAGAUGCACAUGAAGUACAAAAGGAACAGGAAUUAUUUGAAAAGGAACAAAAAGAGAAAACUGAGGAAAAUGAAAAAAGUUGGAGGCGAAUGAAAAUUGGUUUUGCAGUUUUUGGUGGAGCAAUGACAAUUAUGGGUGGUUGCUUGGUGAUAGAAAUGGGAGCUCCGAGACGUGAUGAUGAAGGAAAGCUCAUAGAAGAUGAAUACUCUCACUUGGCACUGCCUUUGCAAUAUCUGCGAAGAACUUGGAAGGAACUUACAUUUUAUGAAAAGAUGAUUAAAGAGCCAUCUCGUGAGAAACUUUUGCCGGACCCCUUGCCUCCUCCGUAUCAACCAAAGUAUACCUUAGUCUUGGAGUUCACUGAUGUAUUAGUGCAUCCCGACUGGUCUUAUCAAACUGGAUGGAGGUUCAAAAAACGUCCUGGAGUCGAUCAGUUUUUACAGACAGUCGCAAACUCAGAUUAUGAAGUUGUUAUAUUUACUUCAGAAAACGCGUUUAUGAUUUGGCCUGUGUUGGACAAACUGGAUCCCGAGAACAAAAUGAUAUCAUACAGAUUGUUCAGAGAUUCAACUCAUUUUAUAGAUGGGGUUCAUGUUAAAAAUCUUGAAGGUGUUAACCGGGACUUGUCUAAGGUGAUAGUGGUAGAUUGGAACAAACAAGCCACAAAGUUCCAGCCGGAUAAUGCACUCAUACUUAAGAAGUGGAAAGGCGCAGAUGAUGACACAGCGCUGCUCGACUUGGCCAACUUACUGCAGACGAUAGCGAUGUCGAACGUGGCGGACGUGCGCGAGGUGCUGCGCUACUACGCGCAGUUCGAGGACCCCAUCGCCGCCUUCCGCGACAACCAGCGCCGCCUGCUGGAGCGCAUGCAGGCCGCGCCGCCGCCCGCCUCCUCCUGGCUCGCCGCCUUCACCAAGCGG